UUCACGAGUCCUCUUCUUCCCCUUUCCCACCGAAAGCGAGAGAUCGAAAGUUGGAGAAAAUUUCAGAGAAAAAUGGCGUCAGCUCAAAUGCAGAGAGUCGUGGUUCCACCGCAGCAACCGAUUGAGGCGCCGAAGAAGAACAGAAUUCAGGUCUCCAACACCAAGAAACCGCUCUUCUUCUACGUCAAUCUCGCUAAGAGGUACAUAGAGCAGCACAAUGAGGUUGAGCUUUCUGCACUGGGAAUGGCAAUCACUACGGUUGUCACUAUUGCUGAGAUUUUGAAGAAUAACGGAUUGGCUAUUGAGAAGAAGGUGUCUACAUCUACCGUUGGAAUGAAAGACGAGAUUAAGGGUCGCCUCAUGCAGAAGGCUAAGAUCGAGAUUGUGCUGGGGAAGUCUGAAAAAUUUGACGCUAUAAUGCAAAUGAAUGCUGCUGCACUUGCUCCAGAGUCAGUUGCGACCGAGGGAACAAAAUGAUAACGAAGGAGUAGAACUCAUCCAACGACGGUUCAUUGUUGUAGUUUAACAUUCACAUUCUUCCUCUACUCUCUGCCUGAAUUGAGAUAAGUACGAUAGUAUAUAGAUGAAUUCCUUCUCGAAUCUGUAAAAUUUUCAUCUGUUUUCGCACAUAAUGUCUAUCGUUCAAUGAAAAAUUGGGAAGAAAAUUUUAUCGACCCUACUUCUUAUA